AUGGCGCUUUUGAGCCUUUUGGCUCUCGCAGCAUUCUUGGGAGUCGUGUCAAAGUGCUUUUACAAUGCCUUUCUACACCCACUCAGCCGCUACCCCGGUCCGAAGCUCGCCGGUGUGACGAGGGCGUACUACUUGUUCUUUGAUGUUCGUGGGGUAAGCCACUGGAAGGUUAAGGAGUGGCACGAGAAGUACGGAGAGGUGGUCCGCAUCGCCCCCGGCGAGCUGUCUUACACUUCUGGCCAGGCUUGGCAAACGAUAUAUGGCUUUCCCAAUAAGGAGGGCACAGGUAACUUUGAGAAAGAUGCUCAGUGGUGGAACAAGAAUGUCAAUGGCGUCGAGAAUAUCCUCACAGCCGACGAUGCUGGACACAAGCGUAUGCGCCGUCUCCAAAAUCCUGCCUUUUCGGAUAAGGCCCUCAAGGCUCAAGAGUCUGUCAUCACCGGCUAUGUCAAGCUUCUCAUCCACAAGCUCCACGGGCAGGCAUCGAGUGGGAGCGCAAAGUCCGCGGCUAUCGUGGACAUGAACUCCUGGUACAACUUUACCACCUUUGACAUCAUUGGCGAUCUAGCUUUUGGCGAACCCUUCUACUGUCUGCGCGAUGCUGAGUGGCACUGGUGGCUGCAUGCUGUCUUUGAUAUCUUCCAGGCUGGCACCUACCUCCGUGCUGCCCGUCGUUUCCCGUCGCCGCUGUCCGAGAUGCUCCUGCUUCUCAUUCCCCGCCGUCUUAUUAAGACGAGAGUUGCCCAAUUCCAGUUUGGUGUUGAGCGUGUGAACCGCCGUCUCGAGCAGGAGACCGAUCGUCCCGACUUCAUGUACUACAUCUUGCAAGGGAGCGAUGAGAAGGGCAUGUCAACCGAGGAGAUCUAUGCCGCUGCCCAGGUCCUCAUCGUUGCCGGCAGUGAGACCACGGCGACAGGUCUGACUGCAGCCACCUACCUCCUCUGCGAGAACCCGCAAACUUUGGCCAAGCUCACUGCAGAGAUCCGCAACACUUUUGAGAGCGAAGACGACAUCACCAUCCAGAGCACAGCUGGACUGAGCUAUCUCAAUGCUGCCAUUGAAGAGGCCCUUCGCCUGGGACCUCCUGGCCCUGGGACAUUUCCUCGUGUGGUCCCUGACGGCGGAAGAAUGGUCUGUGGACAGUUCGUUCCUGCAGGUUACUCAGUCGGUGUUCACCACCUGGCUGUCAACCGAUCUCCGAUUCACUUCAGUAAGCACGACGAAUUUCAUCCCGAGAGAUGGCUUGGGGACCCAGAGUUCGAGUCGGACAAGAAGUUAGCGGCCCAGCCAUUCUCAUUCGGGCCAAGGAACUGUAUUGGAAAGAAGUAG